ACAUGUCACUUGAGUGAGUGCUGUAGUUUGAGAUUGGAGGCUUUGAGCGCCCGAUCCCCAUCCAUCGAAUAUUGGAAUCUCCCGCCGUCCCGCUUAAGCUAGGAAAGUAGAAAACUACCUGGCAAAUUCGCGUGGCAAACUGCCAAUUCCUGUUGCUCCCGAGAGUAUUCCGUAAUAUUGUUCGGGUCCUCAACCCCACGAGUAUGUAUUUUAGCCACGGUCUGUCGCGUCAUCGGUCCAAUUAGUAUUUAUAUGAAGAGUGCCCCUCGAUCGGUAUGCUUGGACUUUCUCCAACUCCAUUGACAUCUUUGAUACGUCGUGCUUCGCCGAAUACAGCCCUAUCCCAUUUCCAAUCCCAAUUCCUGCACUUCAAACCACAACCCUUCAGCUCAACGACUACCGCAAAAAUGGCAUCAGAUCUCAACUGGACGAAGAAGACCUUCACCCUCAACACGGGCGCCAAAAUCCCCGCCGUUGGACUGGGGACAUGGCAAUCUUCACCUGGCCAGGUUCGGGAGGCCGUCAAGGCUGCCCUUCAACAAGGCUACCGCCACAUUGAUACCGCUUUGGCCUAUGGGAAUGAGAAAGAAGUUGGUGAUGGUAUCCGCGACAGCGGUGUGCCACGGGAGGAGAUCUGGGUGACCACCAAGCUGGACAACACCUGGCACCACAUCGUUGAGGAGGGAAUCACAAGCAGCCUGAAGAGCUUGGGGUUGGACUACGUUGAUCUGUACCUCAUGCACUGGCCGAGCUCAACGGACCCGAAGGACCUUAAGAAGCAUCUUCCGGAUUGGGAUUUCCUCAAGACCUGGCAAGAGAUGCAGAAGCUGCCAGCAUCGGGCCGCGUCAAGAACAUCGGAGUCUCCAAUUUCGCGAUCAAGAACCUCGAAACCCUCUUGAACGACCCGUCCUGCAAGAUUGUCCCGGCCGUCAACCAGAUCGAGCUGCAUCCUAACUGCCCCUCGCCGAAGCUGAUCGACUACUGCAAGCAGAAGGGCAUCCACUGCACCGCGUACUCCUGCAUGGGGUCCACCGGUUCGCCUCUCUACCAAAACGAGACCCUCCUCAAACUUGCCGCAGACAAGGGCAAAUCCGUGCAGGUGGUCUUGUUGAAGUGGGGUCUUCAGCGCGGUACUUCGGUCAUCCCCAAGUCCGUUACUCCUAAGCGCAUCGAGGCAAACUUCCAGCUGGAUGGCUGGGAACUCACUGCUGAGGAGAUUGAGAAGAUCAGCUCUAUGCCGGAACGAUUCAAGGUCUGCGGAGAUGCAUGGUUGCCGGUUCGCGUGUUCUUCGGAGAUGACGAAUGAGUGGAUACUAUCCAUUGAGCGCGGCAGAAGCUAGAUCGGACGGUUACGAUAUGACGGGUAUGAGCGGGACUACAUCAUGUGGAAUAUUUGAUUUGAUUCGGCCACUGCUUAGACAGGAGCAGGCAUAAGGAAUCGGAGGUCUUCCACGCCUCAAUUCAAUCUAGCCUUUGGACAAAUUUUAGCACAAAUCCAUAAGGCAAUA